AUGAAAACUUUGAAGUCACUCACAAUCACUGUGCUAAAAGACAUGUGGGGGAUAAUAGCACUUUUUCUCCUUUCGCUUUAUUUAAAGGACCCAGGAUCCAACUCAAGCAUAUUGGACUUAGUCAUUCCGGAUAGAUUAAUUGUGAAGUUGAAGCUAUGGUCACAACUCAAGAAUGGAGACUGUCUACUGCUUUUAAACAUAUUCUUUACGUAUUUUUUCCUCAGUUUUUUCAUUUCAAUAUGCUUAACUAUGUUUUUCUUUGCUUUCCAUCUUCUUUAUCCGUGCAUCUCAAAAAUUGUUUCAAGUCUUUUGCUUCCCUUUGCUGUUCAUUACUUUUAUUCUUGUCAUGAAUGGAGUGACUAUAAAUCUUUUUUUCUUUUUGCUUCUAUCAUGCUUUGCAUCUAUGGAGUCUACAAAGCAUACUUCAAUCAUGAUCCAAUGCCUUACGAAAUGUGCAAUCGAUUUUUAGAUAAAUUUCUUCAGCAAAGUGCAGGAUUUUAUUUUUCCAUAUUCAUUCAAUGGAUCUUGAUCCUUGUAGAUGUUAUGUUGAUCAGAGCACAGGAUUUGCAUGCAGAAUCGAUCUUUGAUAGCUGUCUUUUGUUCUUCUAUUUGAUUGCAUUCAUUUACACUAGUUCAUAUUCAAUCAGAGCAACACUUACAAUCUACCAUGCCAGCAGAAGACUCCCAGCCAUUAAGGAUGCAUCAUUUUUUGAUAAAGUUUACAUAUUUUUCAAUGUGAGAUGCUUUUCAUUUGCCAAGACAUUGUCAUUUGCAUUCCUUAUACUUGAUUCAGUUUACUCUACUUUCUUCCCACACGAUCCCGACAUACCAUCGAUAUUUGAAUACAAGCGAUCUUCCUCCUUUGACUGUCCCAUGUCUCGCCAAUCAUUCUUCAACUAUGUUUUAUCAUCAAAAACUCAUAUUUGGAAAGGUGAUCUCAGAAGAAAGCUAAGAAAAGUGAACCUAAGGGAGGAUGUUCUUCCUUCGGCUUUGAUUAGUUGGAUGACUCUAUACACCUGUAUACACUUUAUUCAACCUGAAUUUAUUAGAAUUCCAGAAUCAUUUGUAAUACUCUUUUCCCAUUUUUUCAUUGUAGUGGAGGUUUUCAACAGCUUUAUAUUUAUAGAAAUUUAUAGAACAACAUAUGGAACGAUUCAAGAGCCAGCAAAGAGCGUUCCUUUGAACCCAAUAGCAGAAGAUGAUGUUGUUAUAUCAAAAAUUGAUGUUAAUAGCAAUCCGAGUGAAAAUGUGGAGAUGUAG